ACUAGCAGACGAAAUACAUGUGUAUCGAUCACGUGCCAGUCGUCUGAACCAAUCAACAAUGACGUUACAUACCGAGCAGGUCAUCUUAUAGUUCAUAGUUAUGGCGCGGAGCUAGCAUCCAAACAAGGUAAUUUCAACAACCAAGGAAAGACGAAAACAUGGGGUCUAAGCUGAAGAUGGGACACACAGGUCCUCCACCGAUGAAGUCGGAUCGAAUCUACAUCAAUCCGGGGGAGGAGGAUCAAAUGGAAAUCUCCGGGUUUAGGCCCCAUAAGCUGAAGACAGCUGUCGUGUGGUUCUUCAUCAUCAUCACGGUCGGCCUGCUGCGACUCUUCUUCUAUUGGCUCCCACACCUGUUUGUAAAGGCUACCCACUCCAGGUGCUCACUGGCGGUUGCUACGACAGUGUUAUUGAGGGAUCAGUACAAACAAUGGUUCAAGUCAAAUGUCUGCACUAUGAUCACCAGAGAUGGAACAUCAAUUGACCCAUUGAAUCCAGACAAGGCUAUCUCAUACAACUCCUCAAAUCAGAAAUCUAAUCUUCAAGCUGCGCAUGCUGAGAAUAAGAUCAACUACUUCAUCACAAAGAAGGUGAAAUAUAUCUGGGACCCUGAACGUGAUGAGUUCAUCAGGCUCAAGGGUCUGGAGAAAGAUAACCCAUGCUCCUACUUCUACCAGUUGAAGGGGCUCUCCUAUGAGGACCAACAAAGACGACAUGUCCUGUAUGGCCUUAAUUCAAUCAGAGUACAUGUGACACCCAUAAUCAAAAUAUUGUUGAAAGAGGUGAUUUCUCCAUUCUAUGUCUUCCAAUUGUUCAGUAUGUGUGUGUGGUAUGCUGAUGACUACGAGCUGUAUGCCAGCUGCAUCGUCUUCAUCUCCGCUUUCUCCAUCAUCAUCACCAUCUACCAGACGAGGAAGAUGCAGCGAGCAUUGCGUAACACCACUGCCGGGUCCACUAUUGUCACUGUGUGUCGUGGUAAUGAAGUAUAUGAAGAUAUUUCCUCUGAGGACUUAGUGCCAGGGGACAUUAUUGAGGUUCCUCGACGUGGCUGUUUCAUGCAGUGUGAUGCUGUACUCAUCAGUGGAAACUGUAUUGUCAAUGAGAGCAUGCUUACAGGUGAGCGAGAGAGUGUACCAAUCACUAAAACACCUCUUCCAAAUCCACAACUUGCCAGAGACCAGAAAGAAAACAUAUUUGACAUCAAACAACAUACAAGACACAUUUUGUUUUGUGGUACACAUGUGAUCCAGACUCGUUACUACGGAAACCAGAAGGUGAAGGCUGUGGUCGUCAGAACCGGUUUCCUUACUGCCAAGGGUGAACUUGUACGUUCCAUCCUAUACCCCAAACCAGUGGACUUCAAGUUCAACCGUGACACUUACUGGUUUGUGGGGGUCUUGGCUUUUAUUGCAUCGCUGGGCUUCAUCUACACUAUUGUUUUGAUGGUACAGGAUGGAGAAGAAGCUGGAGACAUCGUUCUGCGAGCCCUAGAUCUUAUCACCAUCACCGUCCCCCCUGCACUUCCAGCUGCCCUCAGUGUUGGCAUUGUCUUUGCCCAGCACAGACUCAAGAAGGGGAAAAUCUUCUGCAUCAGCCCUCGGGGCAUCAACAUCUGUGGCACUCUCAACGUGGUCUGCUUCGACAAGACUGGCACAUUGACAGAAGAUGGAAUGAAGAUGCAGAGUGUGGUGCCAUCACCCAAUGGCAGAUUUGAGGAAGAAGUGAGGGAUGUGAGCAGACUGAAACAUGACCUGCUCAUCUCUGCCAUGGCAACGUGUCACUCCCUCACGAUCAUCGAUGGCAGCGUCAUGGGAGACCCACUGGAUCUCAUCAUGUUUGAGGCAAUUGACUGGGUGUUGGAGGAGCCCGGUGAGGAGGAGACAAGGUUUGACAUGAUGGUGCCCACCAUUGUUCAUCCCCGAACCAGGAUUAACCGCAACUCUAUCCCAGGUGACGACAGCCAGCCAAUGGGAGAAGACAUCGGCGUGGUGAGACAGUUUACCUUCUCCUCCAGUCUACAGAGAAUGUCGGUCAUCACACGGAACCUCGGUGCCAACAACUUUGACCUGUUCGUGAAGGGCGAGCCUGAGAUGAUCACAAGUCUCUCCAAGCCUGAAACAGUCCCCGCUGACUUCCAGCAGGUGCUAAUGGCCUACACCCAGCAUGGCUACCGAGUUAUUGCCCUGGCAUGGAAACCCCUUCCACAGAAACUCAACUAUGUCAAGGUGCAGCGAAUCACCAGGGAGCAGGUGGAGAAGGAUCUCAACUUCCUGGGGCUGCUGGUGAUGGAGAACUGCCUAAAGCCGGAGACCACCCCUGUCAUCCAGACACUACGGGAGGCCGCCAUCAGAAACAUCAUGGUCACAGGUGACAACAUGCUGACAGCUCUGAGCGUGGCCCGGGAGUGUUGCAUGGUCGACCGAACUGACAGGAUCAUCGUGGUGCAGGCGUACCCACCACAGGACGGCAAAGCCGGGCCUCAAGUAGAAUUCAUGUAUGCGGAUGAGAGAGAGAAGAAAGUUGAGGAGGUUAUGUCAGUUGAUGGACAGUACAAUAUCCAGAUCGAUAUGGAAAACCAGCGGUUCCACUUUGCUGUGACUGGCAAGUCAUGGGCAGUCAUCAGACAGUUCUUCCCGGACAUGCUUGCCAAGAUUGUUGUGAGGGGAACAAUAUUUGCCCGCAUGGGACCAGACCAAAAGGCUCAAUUAGUGGAAUGCCUUCAAACUCUUGGUUACUAUGUAGGAAUGUGUGGAGAUGGGGCAAAUGACUGCGGAGCUCUGAAAACAGCGCACGCUGGGAUAUCACUGUCUGAAGCUGAAGCAUCUGUAGCCUCACCUUUUACUUCCAAGAACCCCACCAUUGAGUGUGUGCCUAAUGUCAUCAGGGAGGGACGAGCUGCUCUGGUGACGUCAUUUGGCAUCUUCAAGUAUAUGGCUUGUUACAGUCUCACCCAGUUUGUGUCAGUUUUGCUUCUGUACUGGAUUGGUGCCAACCUGACAGAUCCUGAGUUUUUGUUUAUUGAUCUCUUCACCCUCACCACACUCAGUGUCACAUUUGGUCGAACAGAGCCUUUUGCUGAGCUGGUGAAGGAGCCGCCCCCCAUCAGCCUCCUGGCACCUGGUCCCAUACUGUCAAUCAUCCUACAGACGGUCAUACAAACUGCUGCCCAAGUCUACUGCUUUCUGGAUGUACAGAGACAGCCUUGGUUUGAAAAGUUCAUUGACCAUGAUGAUGAUGAUUACUUGAGCUAUGAAAACUCGGCUGUGUUCUAUAUCUCCUCUUUCCAAUACAUCAUUCUGGCUGUAGCCUUCUCCAAGGGGGCACCGUUCAGGAAGACCAUCUUCUCCAACUAUUUCUUCUUGAUCAACCUGAUUGUCUGUACAGCGGGUGCAGUGUGGAUCACUGUCUACCCACCCACAGGGCUUGCUCACCUCAUGGAGGUGAAGACGUUCCCGUCCGUGCCCUACUCACUGGUGUACAUUGGCAUAGCUGUCAUCAACUUCCUCCUGUCUGUUAUGCUAGAGAUGUUUUUGAUGGACAACACGUCUGUGCGAGAGAAGUGCCGAGAGAAGGUCAAACACUGUCUUCCAUCAUCACAAUUCAAAUAUGCUGCCAUUGAACAAGAGAUUGCAGGGAAUCCGUCUUGGCCACCAGUGAGUCCAUCAGCGGUCAAUCUAGCCUUAGCAUUCCAGAGACUGGACAGUGCUCACCAUGUCCCAAAGGACCUCAACACUGCUACGAAGAAAGAAAUCCUAGAUGAACUCAUUGAAGACUCCGAUGUGGAGUCACGGAGUGUGAAAUCUCUUGGCCAAGUGACCCCGGACACCAGAAGUAUCAAAUCUCUCAGUGGCGUGACCCUCGCUAACACAGGUCAUACCCAGAAUGCAACAGCAAGUUAUCCCCAGAGACAGUUAUCGGCAGAAGGUGGGGAUUAUUACACGGAGCCACUUCUGAAAUCCGAUUCUGAUGUCAGGUUCCAAAAAGGAGAGACCAGUGUAGACGACAAUGGCAAAUUCAUGACUACAUUAUGACAGAAGAUACCAGGCAAUUUGUUUCAUGCAAUGACUUUGUGGGGUGUACUGCUUGGAUAUUCAUGACAUGGUCAGAGAAAAGGGGAGGGAGUUGUUUAUAGGUCUUAUGUAAUUUCACUUUUCUGGAAAAAGACUUGUUAUAAUUUUAAAUGGAUAUUUUUCCUUUCUUUUGGAGGUGAUUGUUACUUUGCAUGAUAUCUGUGAUUGCACAAAUUUGUUGGAAGAAUUACCACACACAUUACAUGCUGUGAGGAGUGGUGUACCUUUCCAACAAUGUCAAUAGCCUGUCUUUCCAUGGUUUAUAGAAUAGAUCAUGCAUGAUAUAGGAAUGACAUUUGUUUUUGAAAUAUUGUUGAAAGCAGUGUUACACCUUACUCUCAGUGGGGACUAUUUUGACAAGGAUGAGAAUGGCUUUAGUAACACCGGUUAGUUGCAGUGCUAUUGCAUUCCUUUGAAGCAAGCACAAAUUUUACAGCUGACCAACACUGUCAGAAACACCCCCCAUAUGGUUUUAAAAUGACCAGAAAUCGCACUAAAUUAGCUUUGUACUGUUUUUCUUAAGCAUGGUAUACUAUUGGGCUCAAAUAUAUGAUGCAAAAUCCAGCAAGCAGUUAUAUGUGAAAGCCUCAAAUAUGAGGGUUUGAAGGACUCAUUGAAUUGUCAUACCCCAUAUUACAGUCCACAACUUACAAAAAUCACCAUGUGUAUACAAUUUUAAUAUAUGCCACAGUAUUGUUGAUAUCUGACCUGUUACUACACAGUUUGUCUUCCUGAAAAGAUAUAUGUUGAUACUCAACCCCCAUUUUGAUAUAUACUACUGUAUUGUUGACAGCUUAAGCUGACACUCAGCAAAUUGUCUUCCUGAAAACACUCAGCUACUGUUCUUCCAGUGAGUGGACAACAGAACAUAUCAUUGUUUUACUGGACACGUUUUGUGCCAGUGCAGUUGUUGCAACUUAGGUAUGUAAGAAUAUCUGGA